UCAUUAAAACUUUCUGAACUAAUUCACCUAAUUCACUCUAAGAACUCUGAAAAAUGAAUGCCAAACUUUUAAUCCUGAUCUUUACCAUUUUGACCAUUACCUCUGGUCAGUAUUACGGUGGCUACCCAACCGCUAGUGGUUACUACGGUAACGGAGUGUACGGCGGAGGGUAUGGAAACGUUGGAUAUGGUGGAUAUGGGUAUCCUGGUCAAUAUUAUGGAGGAUAUGAAUAUGGAAGUCCAUAUGGAUAUGUUGGAAAACGAAGCAGUGGAUUCGGUCCCAAAAAUUGAAAAUUAACUCAAUCUCCUUCUAUUUUUCUCAUGUUUUUUGCGGUAUACGUUAUUUAAUUUUACACAAAUAAAUUUUAACUGUAA